UUAAAAAUUAUAAGAAAAAAUUUCAACUCAAAAAUUAAAACCCCAGAAAAAAACGUAAAAAAUUAUUUUAAGAAGACAAAAAAAAAUCAAAGAUACUCUUCAACAAUUUUCAGAACUACAAAAUAUUUGAGAAUCCCAGUUAAACAAAACUCAGGCGAUCACUGAUGAUGACAUAUAUCUUCUGAUUUCGAUCGUUAAAACUUCAUACUGCCGUAAUCAACAAAUCUACCUCAAAACUCGCGUUCGAUUACAAUAAAAUUAAAAUCUUAAAAAACAACAACAAACAUGUUCUAAUCUCCAAGAACAUGGAUUUCAAAUCAAUAUAGAAAAUCGCAAAACAAAACUUAGGGAACAACACACUGCAACCAAUCACAUCAACAACAACAACGCCAACGCCAACAACAAAAACACAGCUCAUGGUCUCAUCGAUAAGUCGAAAUUCUCUGAAACAUUUCCUCAAAUCGAACCUAAAACAACUGCAAUGAAUUCAGACGGUUUUAGUGAUGUUGUUGUCAACAAUGCAACAAUAAAUCAUCUGAACGGUAAUAACGGGAAUCUCAAAUCACAAGCUUUAAGUAAUGGUCAUGAAAAUGGUUAUAGCUCGAAUGCAAAUGGAUCAGGUGCCGGCGAUGACAAAUCACCGGUCCAUAUGGUAAAUGGCCAAAGGCGGGAUUCCAAUCAGGCCUGGACUCCGCUCUUGCAGAAUGGCAGCAACAAUAAACAGGCAACAAGCAACGAUGAUAACCUCUCUCUGGACGGCGGUUUGGGUGAGGCGAAUUCGGAUAUUUAUGCCGGGACAGGUAGCAAUAAUAAUGAAGAACUGAAGAAUCUAAAGAAUGAAAUGAUGCACCACUCACCGCUGCAGUCGAAUAACAAUGGAUCGCUGGUGAAUGGCAAGAAUGGUAUAGGCCACACGGACAAGUAUGACGAACUGGAUCCCCUGACGGGCCUGUACAAGCAGAAACAUGAAAGCGAAGAUCUAGAUCUGGAUUCGCUCAAGGCCAACGGGGAGGGUUGUGGCCUCUUCGGCUUUAGACCCAGAUGGGCCAGCAAAUUGGCCUCCACCCAUGUCUUUAUGGUGGUGUUUCUAGUCGCCUAUGUCCUGCAGGGUAUGUACAUGACCUAUUUUGUAUCGGUCAUCACUACCAUCGAGAAGCUGUUUCAGAUCAAGUCAAAGACUACGGGUUUUCUACUGAGUGCCAGUGAAAUGGGUCAAAUCAGUACGGCCAUGUUGCUGACAUAUUUUGCCGGGCGAGGUCAUCGACCACGUUGGAUUGCCUGUGGCAUGGUUCUCUUUUCGAUAGCGGCAUUCUCCUGUGCCCUGCCACAUUUCAUAUUUGGUAAAGAUCUCCUACAGACCACGGCCAUGUCGUUCAAUAAAAAUCGCCAAGAUCCCAUGGAGGAUCUGGCGGCAAGCAAUUUGGCUGGCGAAUUGACGUGGGGCGUGAACAAUGAAUCUAGCAGUGUUACCCUGUCUCAGUUGGGUACUCAACAUUUGGAUUUGAAUCUCUGUGUUUUGGGCAAUCACACACAAAACUCCACCACGGAAUGCAAUGAAGAUCGCAAAAUCGAACAGGCAUCUCACUCUAAAAUAACCGUCAUUGUACUGUGCAUUUUCUUUGGCAGCUUGCUUAGCUCGGGUAUUGGCCAAACGGCCGUCUCCACUUUGGGCAUACCCUACAUCGAUGACAAUGUGGCCAGCAAACAAUCACCCAUGUACAUGGCCAUCACAAUUGGUGUAAGGAUUUUGGGUCCUGCUUCGGGUUUCAUUGUUGGCUCAUUCUGUACCCGUUGGUAUGUGAAUUUUUCAAAUCCUGGUUUCGAUGCCAGUGAUCCACGUUGGAUUGGUGCCUGGUGGUUGGGUCCAGUGGGUAUUGGUACUUUGAUGUUGCUCUCAUCGAUUGCCAUGUUUUCAUUUCCCCGUGAAUUGAGGGGCAAGAAACCACCACCGGCAGCUCCCAGUGCCGCAGAGGGUGAAAAGGUGGCUGAAACACCAGUGGAACCUGAAGAGAAACCAAGAUUAAAGGAUUUCCCCAAAACGGUCAGGCGUCAAUUGAGCAAUGAUAUAUUGAUGUUCCGUACCGCAUCUUGUGUAUUCCAUUUGCUGCCCAUUGCCGGUCUCUACACUUUCCUGCCGAAAUAUUUGGAAACGCAAUUCCGUUUGGCUCCCUAUGAUGCCAAUAUGAUUGCAGCCUUUUGUGGUAUUUUGGUUAUGGGUAUUGGUAUUGUCAUAUCGGGUUUGGUCAUUCUAAAAUUGAAACCCACUGCAAGAUCGGUGGCCGCCUGGAUAGCCUUAACAGCUUUGGUCUACUCGGCCGGGAUGGUCAUAUUAAUGUUUGUCGGCUGUAAUAUGAAUGAUUUUGCCGGUUAUAAAACGGCCAAUAGUAUUGGACCCGCCACAAUUGAGCCAGCCUGCAGUGCUGCCAAUCUCUGUUCAUGUGACAAGGAACAAUUUGCCCCAAUUUGUGGCAUUGAUGGAAAAAUUUACAUAUCUCCCUGCCAUGCUGGCUGUUCCACGGCCAGUAUGCGUAGCAGUGAUAAUCAUACGGUAUUUUCGAACUGUACAUGCAUUCCAGAUGUUACUGAAGCUUUUGGUACCACCCUACCCACCUUUGAGGCUAGCAGUGGCUAUUGUGAUAGUAAUUGCAAAAAUUUCAUUAUUUUCAUAAUUAUAUUUGCCGUGUGCGUUUUUAUGCACUCCACAUCGGAGGUGGGCAGCAUGUUGUUGGUCAUGCGUUGCACCCAUCCAAAGGAUAAAGCCAUGGCCAUGGGUGUCAUACAAUCGGCCAUUGGUCUGUUUGGCAAUGUUCCUUGUCCAAUUAUAUACGGAGCUGUGGUGGAUUCAGCAUGUCUCGUAUGGAAAUCAGUUUGUGGCAAGCAUGGAGCAUGCUCAUUAUAUGAUGCCGAUACAUUUAGGCAUUACUUUUUAGGUAUUACGGCUGGUAUUAUGUUUUUGGCCUUUAUUAUGGAUUUAGUUGUGUGGAGUAAGGCCCAUCGCAUUGACAUCGCACCCGAAGAGAACAAAAAAGAAGAGGAUGAUAAUAAAUCAACAGAGACUGAAUAUAAAAAGGCAACGGUUUCACCCGAUACCAGAGUAUAAAAUCGUAACAGAAAAAAAUACUACAAAACAAACAAAAAGCGCACAUUGUUAUGUUACACCCCCAUACACACUCUCACACACACACACACAUCCACGGCGAUUUUACAAAAAAAAAAAAAAAAAAACAAAACUAUAUAUGUAAUUUGUUUUCAGUUUUUUUAUAUGAUUUUUAUUUUUUAAUUACUCUUUAGUCGGGGAUUCUAAUCAAUUUUUUUUUGUAAAUUUACACAUAUAUUGAUAUAUGUGUUAAGGUAUUAAUAAUACUGUCUUGAAUCCUGUGUGUAACCCUUUUGUAUGCUUAUAUGUAUCUAAAAAGGUAUAACAAUAUGUUUCCAUAACAUUUAUUUAAUCUUAUACAGAUAUAUAUUUUUUAAAAUUUAGUUUUUCUUUUUAUUUUUUGUAAUUUUUUGACUCAUAAUUUGUAUAAAAUUUUAUUAUGCUAUUAGUUUUUAUACACAUAUUAUUAUUAUAUUUUUUUCAAUAUUUUGGCAUCAUUUUAAACAAUGCCUAAAAUUUGUAAAAGACCUGUGGCGAAGAUAGAAUGAGUCAAUGUAGUCAUUGUUACAAGACUCCGAGAUCAAGAAUUAUUUUAUGGAAUUUCUUUUGUAAUGUUUGCAAUAAAAAUACAUAAUUGUGAUUUGAAAUUCAAAUAGAGCCAAAUCACAAUAGUGCAAAGCUACUAAAAUUAUUGUCAAGGUAGCCCGACAAAUAAGUUUGCCGUCAAAAGACAUAUUGUAUAUUGAAACUCAAAGCAAAGACCUAAAAUGGUAAAGACUAGACAAAAUGCAUUCUGAGCAAAUGGUUUGUGUCUAUACUAUCUAUAUAACAGUUCAUGACGGGAAUAUUUUAAUAUAAAAAAACACAUAUAUAGAAAUAAAUGACAAACAAAAAUUUAAAAAAUCCAAAAAUUAGGUUUCAAAAUUCUUUUCCAUAGACUUUCCAAAUUAAUUGCAUAUUGCCUUAGCGGUUUAAAUCGCAUAACAUUGCUAACUAUGUUGUUACGAUAUCAUAACAACAGAGGUAUUUUCACAGGGUUGCCAUAUUUUGACUCUGUCUUGUCCUAUCUUUACACUUCUAUGUCUUUGCAAAAAGUCUUUAAGGCUUUAUAAAUAAAUUUCCGUUGUCUCAGAGGACUACAAUCAAAGACAUAGAAGUGUAAAGAUAGGACAAGACAGAGUCAAAAUAUGGCAACCCUGUGAAAAUACCUCUGUUGUUAUGAUAUCGUAACAACAUAGUUAGCAAUGUUAUGCGAUUUAAACCGCUAAGGCAAUAUGCAAUUAAUUUGGAAAGUCUAUGGAAUAGAAUUUUGAAACCUAAUUUUUGGAUUUUUUAAACUUUUGUUUGUCAUUUAUUUCUAUAAAUGUGUUUUUUUAUAUUAAAAUAUUCCUGUCAUGAACUGUUAUAUAGAUAGUAUAGACACAAACCAUUUGCUCAGAAUGCAUUUUGUCUAGUCUUUACCAUUUUAGGUCUUUGCUACAAUUUUUUAUUCAAUCUUGAAUUGCACUCUGAGAAACAAAAACUUUUGUGAUUUAUUUUUUAUAAGACUCUAAGGCCUUUAAAAUUUCUGAAAAGUUUUCUGCCUUUUAAAAUGUUUUAGAAAAUUGCUUUGGCCUAGAAUGUCUACAACAUUUUAUAAAAAAUGUCGUUGGUCUAGGGGGCCUACAAAAUAUUAUUAAUUCCGCGUAAGCCUAUAAAUCUUUGAAGAUUUUUUUUUAAAUCUUUAUAGAAAAAAAAAAUAACAUCCGAGGACCACAUAAUUUUUAUAUCCUACACACACUGCGGCCAGGGUAUUAUGUCUUUGUGCAACAUAGUGAAAGAAGCGAGUUGGACUCAUGGUUCCUUUUGAUGAUCUGCAUAUAAUUACAUUCUGAGUCGAUUUAUGGACGUCCGUCUGUUCAUGUAUUUUUGAAAAAAAAAUAUAGAUCGCAUUUAUCGCCCGAUCGUGAUGAAAUUUUACACAAAUCUGUUAUUUGGGCCCAGAACGAGCCCCAUUGAAAUUGGAGAUAAUCGGUCAAAAUUUAUAUAUAGCUCCCAAACGGGUAAUUUUAUCCCAAAUAGUAUGGUAUUUUGCACGUACGACCAGAUGAGGGCUGAAAAUAGGUAUGCCAAAUUUUAUCAAAAUCAGUUCAGAAAUAGCCGUAGCUCCCAUAUAUGUCUUCGUCCGACUUCACGUUUAAUGGUGCACCAAAUGGUUAAUAUAAGCCCGAAUGGCAUGGAUUUUGGCAUAUAUUAUCGUAUUUAGCCUGGAAGAAGGUAUAUCCAAUUUGGUGAAAAUCGGUUAAGAUAUAGCUAUAUGGGUCCCAUAUACACGUUUUUCGUCCGAUUUUGUAUUUUACUCCCUCACACCUGUAAAAUACUCUCCACAACAACGAUAUUUGGUGCCAACUAUCGGAUACAGUAUAGACAUACCUCUGCUAAAUUUUAUAAAGAUCGGUUCAGAUUUGAAUAUAGCUCCCAUAUAUAUGUUUAUUGUGCCUAAAAGGGUAAUAUCAAAAGAGCAACAUAUAUGUAUCAUAAAGUCGGCCUAGCCUCCUAGUCCAACCAAAUUCAAUGGAAAUAACUUUCUUAGAUCUUGAGUCUUUUAAUAUUUUAUAAAUUUUUUUUUAGAUUCCAAAGGCUUAAAAAAGUUAAAAAAUGUAGUUUCAUUCUUUGGCCUCACAGAUUCUCACAAAAAUGUUAUAGACAUUUUCGAUCUACUACAUUUUAUAUAAAAAAUACAUUCGCUAUCAAGGCCUGCAGAACUUUUGAAAUUCUGUGGAUUUUUUCUCAAAUCAAAAAAAUAAGACGACAAUUUGAUAAUUUUCCAAUAGCUUCUAUUUCCAUGCAGUUUUUAACAAUUUAGGCAAUUGUUUUAUGACAGAUCAUUUGAUUCCCUUUUUUAUUAUUUUAUUUCUGUUUUUUUUUUUUUUUAAUACCUUUUAGUCUUAAAAUAGUCGGACGUACAUAUGAACCUAUGUGCAAUCUAAUUUAUCUCCAUAGAAUAAUGAUAAUAAUAAUAAUAAUAAUAAUAUUAACAAUAAUGAUACGUCAUAACUUUAUGUUUAUUUGUUAUAACUAUUUUUUUUUAAGAAAAAAUACUUUUUUUUAAUUCCUUUUUUUAUAACCCUAAGUUGAAGUUAACGUUAAAUGUAUUUUUUAUAUAUAAUACCAUAAGGAAAAAAAGUAAAAAAAAACGAAAAACAAGAACAAAUCAAUAUCCUACUCUUAUGUUUUAAUUCAAAAAUAAGCAAAAAAAAAAUAAUGGGUAAAAAAUUAAAGAAAAACUUGAAAAAUCUCAGUUAAAUAAAUAAAAAAUUUAAAUAAUUAUAAUUAAUGUCUUUGAAAACAAAUAUCGAAUGAUUGAUUGAUGACUGAUUUAAAAAAAGUAAAUUGAAUGUUGUGCCAGACAGGAAAACGCAACGAAAUCCAUAUUAUGGAAGCAAAAAUGAAAUAUUGAAAGAUAUACCGAGAAGGGACCCAGAAUGGAUUCAUUCAAAUAUAUGUUAAAAAAAUAAAAUCGUAUGAAAACAUUAAAAAAUAAAUAGAAAUCCAUAUUAAAUGUAUGGAGCUAAAAUGAAAUAUUGAAAGAUAUACCGAGAAGGCAUCCAGAAUGGAUUCAUUCAAAUAUAUGUUAAAAAAAACAUAAAAAAUUAAAUAGAAAUAUAAGUAUGUCAUUACUAGAAAAUAACAAAACCAUGUUAUAGAAAUCAUAAAUGCUCUGUUUCAGAAUCUGCAAGAUUUUAAUUUUUUUGCCAUUUUUUUCGUUAUUUUAUAAAGGAAAAAUCGGUUUUACAUUCUUGCAGUUCUGAAACAAAGCAAACACUAAUAACGUUAUAUACAUAUACAAGUUAUUAUUACAUUUACACAUUUAAAUUAGAAAUUGCAACCUAUCUGUGGUAGUUAUUAUUUAGUUAAAAUUAACAACACUUCUUUUUUUUGUAAUUAUUAAAUUAUUUUUUAAUUCGUUUUUCUUCUAUAAAUAAUAGUAAUGCAUUAAUAAAACUACAAAAGAGAAACAAAAAAAAGAAAAUCAAAUUCCAUUGCAAAGAAAUUUUGUUAAAAAAAAUUAAAAAAUAAUAAUCGAAACUGGCAACCAAUGCAUUUCUUCUCUAUCAUAAUUUUUUUAAUAUAAAAUUCAAUAGAAAUUUUGAGCAUUCUAAACAUAAGAGUAGAAUGCUUAUCGAAAUGGCAUUUAAAAAAAAUAAUUUUAAUUUAAAACGUUGAAUAUUCAAAAGUACUACUAAGUGUUUAAUGUAUUAAAAUUGCGAAAAAAAGAAAAGAAAACACGCCAAUUACCUCUGCAAACAUUACAUAAUUAAAACAAAUACCCAAUCGGAAAACAAACAAAUGUAUCAAAAUGAAAUAAAUGUGCAUUUAUGUAUGAAUAUUCAAAAAA